AUGGGAUUAUUCGGAUCGUCAGACCCUACUGUCAAAGCUGAGAAAGCCAUUGCUAAAGAGGCCAAAGCUGAAGAUAAACAAUUACGACAAGCCGAGAAAGAUUUGGCACACGCUGAGAAAUCAGAAGCUAAGGCUUCCAAGGCUGAAGUGAAAGCACAUCACGCUCAAGAGAAAGCUGUAAAGGUCGAGCAGAAAGCUGCUGCAGCUUUGAACAAGGCUACUCACAAACACGAUGACACUGUCAAUCAUGCCAACGCCGCCGUCAACGAUGUGAAUCGAACAUCCGGUGAACAUCAGAGAAUAUCGCAAGAAGUUGCUCAGAAGAAAGCAGCUUUGGAGAACCUUACUCAUCAGCACCACGCGCAUGAACAGACCCGAGAAAGCAAGCUUAACGAACUCCACCAGCAACCAGCCACCACUGCCAGUAACGUGACCAACGACUUGCGAACUGGUGAACACGUCACUCCCAAUGGAGGAGUUAAUCAGACUGGUGCAGCAGGAAAUGGUGCUUUAGACCAAACUCAGGCUAACGCUGCUGGAGUACAAGCUGGAUCUGGAGCGGGAGGUUACGGUGCCCCAGGUGCUGGAACUGGUGGUGCUGGAUACGGAGCUGAAACCAACGCUGCUCAAGGUGCAGGAUAUGGUCAAGGUGGUGUGACAGAUGGGCAAAGAACUGCUGAUGCCGUCAAGCGAUUGUAA